AUUUCCCUGCUUUCUGCGUAUCUCAUCGCGCGCUCGUACUGUAAACCAGUGCAGUGCGGUACGUGAGAGCAGCGACUCGUCAUGCGGGACAGUAAAAUGGCAGAAUUAAAAUUUGAGGCGCCCCUUGCACAAUUCGAAGAGUCCGACGAACGGGGUACGAAUGAAUUCCAUACCGCAAAUUUAAUAAACGAGAACGAGUUAAACAACAUUAAUUUAAAAAAGAAAUUAAUAGAUAACGAUCUAAAUGAUGUGCUAAACGAUUUUAAUGAAGAUAUCUUGCUAAAUGAUAAUUCAAAAUCAAAUAUUAUGCCACCUAAAAGUUUAAUUUUAAACGGAGACACCGCGUCAGUUGCUGACAAUUUCACAGAGACAUUUUCUGGAUCAUUAGAAGAUUUAGUUAAUACUUUCGAUGAGAAAAUCACCAAGUGUUUUGGAAAUUACGAAGAGUCAGUUGAGAAACUAGCACCAGUGCAAGUUAGGACACAGGAAGAAAUUAUGAAUGAAUGCCAAAUGUGGUGGACAAUUACCGGCAACUUCGGAAAUAUACUACCGAUCGAUUGGUCAAAGUCGUGCGCUCGAAAACUUCAUAUGCCUUCACUGAACUUAAAUCAAAAUGAAAAUAUUUUAACACCUGAUGACGAUUUGGAGUUAAGCUCGGAGGAUGAAGCGGUAGCGAAUGAUUUAGAUAUGCACGCUUUAAUUCUUGGUGGUUUGCAUCAGGAUCAAGAACCUCUGAAGACUGCAGACGAGGUCAUUCGCGAAAUUGACGAUAUGAUGCAGGAAGAAGACGCAUCUCUGGAGGUUUCGCCAGACUCAAGAGACACCAUUGACACCAAUGAAACUUUAGAAAAGGCUAAGGAGGUGUUGAGUUCACCGUUAUACGAAGACAAGCUUCGCGAUCUCAGUUUAACCCAACUUAACGAAUUGUAUAUGGAAUUAGAAGUUUUAAUUAGAGAAUUUUCGGAGACGUUAAUUACGGAACUGGCAUUAAGAGACGAAUUAGAAUAUGAAAAAGAGCUAAAGAACACAUUUAUUUCAUUACUGCUUGCAGUGCAGAAUAAACGACGACAAUACCACGUUGAGAAGAAACGAAGUUCAAAAGGAAACGCCCUACGUCCUCCAAGUGGAUUAGAUCCAAAGUAUUUAACCACCGUUAUUCCAUAUCACCUAGAUAGUGGCCCGCCCGAUAACCAAGCCCUCCAAGUUCUUAUUAAAAUUUUAAAGGCGAUUAAUGAAGAUAGUCCUACUGUUCCAACCCUUUUAACAGAUUAUAUAUUAAAAGUGAUUUGUCCUACAUAGGAGAAAUUGUUUGGUAACCCUUAGUAAAAGCACAGUAUGUUACAUGACAAAUAAGCUGAUGUUUACUCUAGGAAAGAAAUUCGAGAUACCUUCUGUUUUUUUUUAAUUUAUGCUAAUUUUGUUAUUCAUUUUUUAUAUUGUUCCUCAUGUAUAUUUCUUAUUUUUUAAAAACGAAGUUGUAAAUAGCGUCUGCUUCAGAAUCUAGUCUAAUUAAAUAAGUAAGAGUCGUAUGAAUGUGAUGGAAAAAUACUUGCUAUAUUGCUGCACAUAUUUUGAAGUUUAUUAAUGCUGCUGAUGUUCACAAUAUUGCUAUGUUACUUUUAAGUGUUUAUGUAAAAAAAGUGAUAUUAGUUUAAUUUUUAAAUGAUAUUUAUUGCAUAGUUAAAUCCUUGCCAUAUUUUUUCAAUGUAGCUUUAAAUUUCCUAAACAGAAACAAUUGUAUUUGUAAGAACAUCUAAGAAGCAUGUCAAGUAUAAAUGUCUUAAUGUUGUUACUACAAUUUCUGUUCAUGUAGAGUUAAUUGAUUCCUUAAAUAAAGCUCUGGUUCAACACUUUA